AUGGAAAUAAAGGAAAUGUUAAACUUGGCGCGUGUGCCCUCCAUCCUCAUACUCGGUGUGGUUUACGUGGCCUACGUGCUGAUCGGUGGGGUGGUUUUCUGGAAGCUGGAGGGGGAUCUCGGAAAGAAAGACAUCAGCGUUUUACUGAUGAACAAAAAGAAUCUGCUCAUGACUUACACCUGUCUGAACCAAGAAGGCCUGGAGGCAGUGGCUCAGGUUGUUCAAGAUGCAUCCAAAGCAGGCCUAAGUUUGAAAGGCAACAACACCACAGACGGCUUCUGGAAAUUCACCAGCUCUGCUGUGUUCGCUGCCACAGUGGUGACAACUAUAGAAAAAGUUCUUCCUGUCCCUCCACCACAGCAAGAAGAAAUACUAACAGCUUACAGUUUUGCAGGUUAUGGGAACAUGAGCCCCAGCUCUAGUGGUGGCCAGAUCUUCUGCGUGUUCUUCGCGCUAUUUGGUAUCCCACUCAACAUGGUGGUGCUCAACAGGGUGGGCAAGUACAUGCUUGUUAUAGAGAGAAACAUCUCUGACUUCCUCGAGGGCAGAACCAGGCGAAGGAAGUGUACCCGCUUUUUUGUCCACCUGGUGUCUUACCUGUCAGGAGCAGCUCUCUUCUUUGUCAUGCCCAUGUUAGUGUUCCAACAGCAAGAGGGUUGGACCUACUCCCAGGCCAUCUACUACUGCUUCAUCACCCUCAGCACCAUCGGCUUUGGAGACUUUGUGGCAGAUAGUAAUCCAGACAAAACAUACCCAGAGUGGUACAGCGUCCUCAUGGCCUCAUGGAUCUUCUUCGGCCUGGCCUGGCUGGCCCUGCUUAUCAAUCACUCCAUCGACAUCCUGGAGAGGCUCAACACGCACUUCAAACAGCGGAGGGGUGGACAGACACAGGAAAAAGAGUCUGGCAGUACAGAGGGUGACAACCAAGACACACAGGUGGACAAGGAGGAUGAGAUCCAGAAUCCCCCAAUAACUGAGUAAUGUACAGAACAAGGAGAAGGGUUCAGUGAGGUGGCCUAGUUGUAGAGUUAUCCAUCUGUAGAUCAGGAUGUGGGCAACAGGCAUAAAUCAAGGAAUAUGACUAAACCAUAGCGGGAUGUGUGUGUGUGUGUGUGUGUGUGUUGUGAGACCGUAAACGUUGAGAGUCUGUGAUGAGCAAUGGCUUGUUGGUUUUGAUCCAUUUGUCCUUAACUGUCGCUAAAAUAUUGACUCAUUUUUGUUGAGUCAGAUUUGUUUGUUUGACUGCAGCCAACACCCAUGUGUUGUUUGGUCUGUUAGCACUUUGUUUCCCAAACUGUAAAUAAGUGACUCUUCACCUCCAUGCCAAUUAAACUACCUGGUUAAAAAGAGUCCUUUGAGAUUAGUCUAAGGGAGGACAUUGGGUCAACACAUACUUUGCCCCAUGUGCCUGACUGUGGGUUAGUGGUCAGAGGAAAACUACAGUCAGUCAGCCUGUCUGUCUGUCUGUCUGUUGCUCUUUGGCCUCUCAGUGUCUUGCUCACCCCAUCACUUUCAGACCAAGUAAUUUGCCGGCUCAGUAGCAUUUUGUAAGUGACCAGUGCAUUUUGAACGACUGCUGGUGUCAAUCCACAGUCAAUUGAAAAUAAGUGUAAAUAUUGUGACUUGUUUGUAAAAUAAGACUACUUAAAUGACCUGUUAAAAUCAUCGCUCUGGUUCACCAUGACUUGUGUGUUCUGUACACUCAAGCAUUUGAAUCAGAUAUUUAUCAGAAUGUAUCAGUGGGAGAACAUUUUUGAAUGAGUAUAAUUUAAGUUGAGUGGGCUAACAACAGUCAAAUAUUUCACUUUUGGCUAAAAUGAAAACAACACACAAAUUCAACAGAAAACAAGAAAACAGAGCUGACUAUGUGAUGAGAUUACAGAAAAUACUUCAAUUUGCUUUUACACUGUUAAAUAUUAAAACAAUGCCACAAUCUUAAAUGUGGGAUAUUUACACUAAUAUUGUUCAUUUUUACCACAUGUUCAAUUGAAAUUAUUCCUUUUUUUUAUUGAUGUUCUAUGUAGAGCGUUCAGUAAAGCACUGAGCCACUCACUUGUGCUGAAAUCACCUUUGUUUCCACAAGGUGGUGUCACUAAACCAACACUGAGAUUAACCAUUCAAAGCAGAGUCAAAGCAGCCAGUCCACACUGUACAGUACUGUACUGUUCUGUAAACUAUUGUAAUUAUGUACACUAACCAUAGUGAUCGCAUCCUCAGUUAAUAUGCUCCUACACUUCAGAGAAUAUCACGUCAGUCAAAAGAACAUAUAAACAAACCCAAACACAUCCCAUAAAGGAAUGUCCAUCAAAUUUCAUUUCUUGUCCUCUUGCAUCAUUAAAUAAAUGUGUGCAGUCAUGAUUUCAUUAUGUGUUGCUUUUAUUUCCCCCUGCGUAUCUGCAUACUUUUCUUGACAAUAACCCAC